GCUAUUCCUGGCAACACUGCUUUUUACAAACCACAUGUUUUUUUUGUAAGGUUAUGGUUGAAUUUGAAUGUUUGUUGUUUUUAAAAGUUAUCUUUUUGAAUUUAUAAAAUAAAUUGAAAUUUAAAAUGGAGAACGAGCUGCUAGACCGUGAUCCUCAUAGCAACAUAAACUUUACGCCUUGCGUGAGGUGGGUAAAGCGUAAUGUGGCCCGUUCAGUUCCGCUAAAUGUGCAAUUAUCCAAAAACGAAUUGGUGGAAAUUAUCAAGGAUACCAAGGAAAAGCUUGGUAUUGCUGAAAGUCGAGAAAGGACCGACUCUGAAGAUGCUCCCAUGGAAGCAGGAACGACUUCGACUUCAGCAGAUGACGAGUUUAAUUUUGCAGAAUAUGAUAAAGAUGAUAAUAAUGAAACAGCCCAAACACUUGGAAUUCAUUCUCUGGCCGAAUUGCCAAAUGAAAUUGAAGCCGAAGACCACUUUUCUGAAUCGGACGAUUCUGAAAAAGAAGACGACAUCAUUAAACCAACCGAUAAUUUAAUAUUGGUCGCUCACGUAGAAGGCGAUGCCAGCCUUUUAGAAGUUUAUGUUUAUAAUAACGAUGAAGAGGAAUCCUUCUAUGUCCAUCAUGAUAUUUUGUUGCCUUCGUUUCCACUCUGCCUGGAAUGGCUCAACUACGAAAAAGGACAAGCUGCAGGCAAUUAUUGCGCCGUAGGCUCUAUGUCCCCAGUUAUUGAUGUUUGGGAUCUCGAUAUAAUGAACUGUCUAGAACCUGCAUUUAAAUUGGGUAAAGUUGCUAGUGCGAAGAAAAAACGAGCCGCAAUUGGACAUAAGGAUGCGGUUUUAGCAUUAGGUACAAUUUAA